AUGUCGAACAACCCGAUUGUGUCACCGUUUCGGAUCUCGAACAAGCAUUCGGAGAAGCUGAAUCGCAACGAUGCUUUCAAAGCGGUCAGGGACCACCUGAGACGCCAAGAGAUAGGAAUGGAUGCUCCUAGCUUCUGUUCAUUGCACCGUCGCUCUUGUUCCAAGCAGGAUCAGGAGGAGUUUCGUCUCCAUCGGGAUAUCAUCCACACCAUUCUUCUCCCCUUGUUCCUCCUCCACCAUCAAGCUUCCCGGAUUGCGACCAGCGCGUUACCCGGGAUCAAAUCGACGGACUGCGAACGUGCUUUUCGGGGAGAAGCACGCAGCGCCUACGCCUGGCUACAAUGCAUCCUCAGGGAGGAGCACGACUGGUACCAGACAGAGCGCUGCCCAGCGUGCAUUGUUUUACACGUCCUCAACUCUGAGCCGACCAUCCGAUUUGUUGCCGUGGCGUGCCUGUUGUCGGACAACCUACAAGGAUUGAGCCCGCUGGACGCGCAAAAGCGGCUUCCCAGCUUCGAUUUCUUUUUCGAUGCGUUGGAAGGGGCGGUCCGGGAGGAUCCUUUCUGGGGCAAUGACUUUUGGCCGGAUAUUGAGCACCGCGCGCGUACGUUGACGGAUGGUGUCAAGCAGUUGGUGGUGCAGUGUCUGGUGCUCCGAGCCGCCGUGGAGCGUCAGAGUCUGCAAUCUCAAUCGCCGUGCAAUCCCGCUGCUUACGUUCGGUGCGACUUGACCCAGCAGCAAACGGGCCACACUGUUGUCAUGAGGUCCUCAAAUUUCGCCCGCAAGCACUCUCGGAAGACAGUCGAGGAGCACAAGUGUCUGGCUGCUAAGGUGUCUGCCAACAGGUGUCUGCAGACCCACUACAGUGACGUAACUCAGGGACUGCACCCUCGCAGCCACACCGCAUCCCGGAGAAGAACUGUCACCUCGUGA